AUGGCAAGCUAUGCUGUACCUCCAUCACUUCAACGAACAAACAGCAAAGCAAAUAUGAAUAUUUUUCUUUUAAUUCAAAUCAAACUCAAUGAUAAUUUAUUGAUUAUUAGCCGUGAUAGUUUGACACCACCAUUACGCACUGGAAAAUUAACUCUUCGUCAAAAAAUUCACAUUCGUGAUGAAGAAGGAAAUAAUAUUGAAGCUACAAUAAUUUACAUGCAUCACGAUCGAGAUAAUUGCGUUGCGAUGAAGAAACAUUUGAUUGCACAGAAAAGACAACAAGAAAAAAAUAAUACAACUCAAUCAUUAAACGUUUCGAACGAAUCAUAUUCACCAUUAUCAUCAUCUCAAAUUACUAUUUCCAACGAAUCUUCAGAUAAUCUUGUAAAAAAAUAUUCACGAAUCCAUAAGAAAAAAAAUGUUAAUCAACCCAAUAAACAUUCAACAAUGCUAAGUUCAACGUUAAUAUCUACUGAAUCUGAUCCUUAUGAAGAAGAUGAUGAAACCACAAGUGGUAGUGUUGAAUAUUCAUUAUAUUCAAGUACAAAGCCAAAUGAAACAGUAAAAAUGAACACGACCAUGGUCAAUAUAACUGAAUCAUCUUCAACACUUAUGGAAGAUAAUGAAGAUAAUUGUUAUGCACAAAAAAUUCGAGAAUUAUCCAACAAAGUUAAAGAACAAGAAGCAAUAAUAAAAAAUCAAACUGCUGAAAUAAAACGAUUACGAACGACCACGCUCGAAAUUCCAACAGAUGAAGCUGUUCAAAACUUUUUAAUGUAUCUAGGAGACAAAACACGACAGCAAUCAACUGAAUAUAAGUUCACUGGUAACUUGGUUGAUGAACCUAAAACUCUUGGUAUAAAUGUAGAUCAAUUAAAUGAAAUAUUAAACUCCAAAGCUGGAACCACGAGUGUUGCUCGUGAUUUAUUCCAAGCAAUCGUUCCAGAAAAUCGAAGAAAAGUUGAUCGUUGGAAUCAAUUGGAUGAAGAUAUAUUUAUCAAAGAGAAACUCUUAAUUGAAUUUACGGAACGAUAUUAUGGCCCUCUUAAAGUUGAUCAAAAAAAGGUACACACGAGUCUAGUUGGAUGUCUUCGAAAUCAACGAAAUACUAACAAAAAACGAAGUCAACUUGCUGAUAUACAAAAUGGUGGUAUUGCAGAAGGCAAUCAUAUGCGUCAGUUAGCUGAUCCAGAAGAUGAUACUCUUGCUUAUAUAUCAGUUAAUGAAAAGUCGAACUAUGUAGAUUAUAAACAUGAUAAUGAAACAACUUCUGAUGUUGAUUUCGAUAACGAAUACUUUGCUGAUUUUACCGAAAAAGUUGUUACUGAUGAUAGUGACAAUGAAGAUGAUUUUCAUUUAACCGAAGAUGAUGAGAUCGAAGAAAGUUUAAAUGAAGAACAAUUGAAAAUAGCUGAUGAAUUCUUUGACAUGCAAAACAAGACUGAAUCAAUUCGUGAUUAUGAUGAAGUAUUGAGCACUAAUUUUUUUUAA